GUUGAAUUUCGCGUCGUUGCCGACAUGGUAAGGAAUGCUACACCCUCAGUAUCUGGUACACCCUCAGUCUGGCCAGGGGCUACACCUCUAUCAUUCAUGCACUGACGAUAGGCUACUGCUUGCGCUGAUUCUGGCGGCAGCCCUUGUGCUUGCUGAAGACAGUUCGAAUGAUGACAUCGAAGGUCAUACUUCUGGAACAGGCGACAGUGACAACGCUGAUGCCGACGAGCAAAUUUCAAAUGGAGGCGACGGUUCCAAUGAUGAGGAUGAGUUCGAAGGUCGCUCUUCACAAACGGGUGGCCCUGGUGUCAGAGGACUGUCGGGACGAUCCGACUUUGGCAAAAACAACGCUCAUAGUGGCAACACAGUAGUGAACGUAGCGAUUGCCGCGGGAUCUGGCGACAAACCUGCUCCCGGUGUCAGCCAACACUCUACUGUCAUCAACUCAGUAGUCAACAUUAAUCCUGUUGUGGGUAAUGUCAGACCAAAUGUAGUUGGCGUCAAUCCUACUGCUGGAGGCACCCACCAGACUGCUGGUGGUCAUAGGCCUUCAGUGGGUAAUGCUUCCCCCACUGGUAUCAUUACACCAGUAGCCACUGGCCAUGGAGGUGUGCCACACCUAGCAGGUGGAGGACCAAUUGCUUUAGAUGAUUUUGUCUCUGGUGCAAGGCCCCAUUCUCUAGGUGGAGUUGGCCCUGGUGCAGAUGGUUUUGCUCCUGCUACAGGUGGUAUUACCCAAGUAGCUGGUGGCAUCACUCCAGUUAGUGGUGUUACUCCUGUAGCAGGCGGCAUUCCUCCCAUCCCCACUGGCCUUACUCCAACUGUAGGUGGUAUUGGCCAUGCGGGUAGUCUCCGUCCAUUAGCAGGAGUCAGACCAGGAAUAGCAGCCAGGCCUUGUCGCUUCUGGUGCACGUCUCCUACAGGUCAGUAUUACUGCUGUCAGACUCCUGAACAAUCCCAUGGUCUCGGUGUACUAGCCAAACAUGGCUGGUGUCCACCAGCUCGUCCAAUGUGUUCUAAUUUCAGGCUGCUUACAGCACCACAACGUUGCAACAGUGAUCUUGUCUGCAGUGGAGUUGAUAAAUGCUGCUUAGAUACCUGUUUGCGAGACUAUGUUUGCAAACCUCCUUAUGCAUUUGGGGGUUAAACGGAUGUAUUCAAAUUCCUUAAUGUUUCAAUGACUCUUGUGUAUCUGACAAAACUUUUAAGUUCAUAUGUACAAAAUUAUUGUAUAACAAUGAACAAAUGCAACGAAGUACGAAAAUUCAAAAUCAUCUUGUAAAUAAGUAUUGUAUGCAUAAUCAUGGACAUCUGUAGAUAUGUACCUUAAACAUAACUAGAAGGCCUCUAUAUAAUAAUUGUAAAUGUAAAUACAUACUCUAGUAACUUUAAGUUUCUCAUUCCACAUUUUUAAAUAAUUAAUAUAAGUAUUUAUAUUAAUUAUAGUCAGUUAAGACAAUUAAAUUUGAAGCUUUUGUAGUGAUACAAUCUGUACUACUUAGUUACUACUAACCCAAGAUAAUUGUAUAUCAGACAAUUACCCGCUGUGCCAAAGACUGUCCUCCACCGAUUGUUGUUUUGCUUUUCAAACAGUUUGUGAUAUGUAUACAAUACGGUUGAUGAAGUGAGUUAUAACAUGUUUAACUGCUGUGUGGACACAUCCUAGUGUAUGUACAUGAAGAGCUGUGGAAGUUUCCUGAAAACGGGGUUCAUCCAAGACGCAGCAGUUCAAGUGCGAUGAGAUAUAACUGUUCCCUGGUAGGGAAAGGAAAUUAAUGUUGAGAAAAAAUUGUUUUCUACAAAUACAAUUCAAAUACCAAUGCAAGAA